AUGUAUGCGAAGCUGGUUAAUGUCGCUCUCGUGCAUUCCCCACAAGCUUUAAUUGCUUCGAGCCAUCCAGUUGCUGCUGAAGUUUAUCCGCAGCUUUUCCCGCGCAGCGCCAAGCAGCAGGGCCACACCAGAGGCCGCAAGUGCGGCAAAACCCAGCAGCAGCAGCAGCAGCAGCUGCUGCUGCUGCAGCAGCAGCAGCUGGGUGCGACGGACGCCGGCUGCGCAGCGUCUGGUGGGGGCGCUGGAGCCGCGGGGUCUCAGCACCCGCAGCAGCAGCAGCAGCAGGGGGACGCCUCGCUGCCGCCAGCAGAAGGCAGCAGCAGCUCGCCCGGGGCUGUUGCUGAGGGCCUCGCAGAAAAGGCCCCUCUUGCUGUUGCAGCGCAGCCGCUUAAGCUGGCGAAGAGCCUCAAGGCGUUCUCAGUGCGCAUAGGCCUGCGGGACUGGCGUAUCAGCUACGGCAGCACCCCCGAAAAGGUCCCUUCUUUGUGGUGCAGCAGCGUGAGCGGCCGCCUCUACCGGCUGGAGCGGCCUGCGGGCCGCUACGCAGCACUUUUUGCUUCUUGUCGCCGCAAGUUUGAAGUUGCUGCUCGCGUGCAACAGCAACAGCAACAACAGGAAAAGGAAAAAGAGCAGCAGCAGCAGCAGCAGCUUUCAAACUGCUCGCUUUCAGAAACGGAGAACUGCCACAUCGCGGAGAACUCAGGCGCCGCUUCUUUGCAGCUGGACGACGACGCUGGAGAGAGCCCGCAGCAGCAAGAGCAGCGGCAGCAGCAGCAGCAGCAGCAGCAGGAGCAUGGGGUUUUCCUAGCGAGGAGCGGGGGCCGGGGGGGCUCGCGAGGUGGGUGUCGGGGCGGGCGCCAGCAGGUGGGUCGGCAGCAGCAGCAGCAGCAGCAGCAGCUGCUGCUGCAGCAGCAAGACCCGAAUCUGGUUUUUGCCCACGCGAAGCUCAUUUCAGCACUUGCCAUUCGCAAAGGCAAAGGCUCGCAGCUGCUGUCGCUCUCAGACCCCGAAGGCACUGGAGUGCGGCAGCUGGCAGAUGGCAGCAGCAGCCCAGUUUGCUGCUGGGGUGGCGCUUUUGCUGUUGACGGCUGCACGGAGGAGUACUUGAUUUCCCUCGCGCGCUUCCUCAUCACGCAGGUUGCUGCUUACGAGGCAACGGUCGGCGCCAGCAGCAGCAGCAGCAGCAGCAGCGGUAGCAGCGGCAGCAGCAGCAGUCUGCUGUACGGGCCUUUCUGCCAAACGCUCAUUGAAAAAGCUGCUGCAGCAAACGUCUAUGUCCCGCCGCUCGAAUAUGUGCUGGCUCCCGACCCAGCAGCUUUCCAGGAGGAGGCAGUGGCUCAGCAGCAGGACGCCCACCAGCAGCAGCAGCAACAGCAGCAGCAACAGCAGCAACAGCUUCCCGUUGACCCAGAGCUGGCAGCAGCCAUGCGACUGCAGCAGCAGGGCUCAACAGGGCGGGGGGCGCCGUCGUCGGGUCGCGGGGGCAAGCGCUGCAAGCGCCAGCGCGGCGACAGCAGAAACCCAGAAGCAGCAGCAGCAGUAACAGCAGCAGCAACAGCAGCAGCAGCAGCAACACCGGGUCACGGCAGCCUCACCCCGGGUCUGAUGGAUUGCGACUCCCAGCAAGGAGACUGCAUGUCGGAUGCAGCGGCUGCAGCGUUGAACAUGCGCAAAGCGGCGGCCCAGCUGCAGCAGCAGCUGCAGCAGCAAAUGCAGCAACAGGUGCAGCAGCAGCUGCCGCAGCAGCCACAGCAGCAGCCGCAGCCACCUGUGGACGAACUCGAGACAGCUGGCGUAGAACCCAAAGAUGAGCUGCUGAUUGACCCCUUCGAGGAAGCAUUGUGCCAGCGGAGGCCUUUGCCGCUUUCGCUGCUGCAGCUGUACAGACACCCGGAGCUGCUGGAGCUGCAGGAUUUCUUCCGGGUCUUCUCUGAGUAUCUUCAGUUGCUGCCCCCUUCGAUUGACACUCUGGAGGUUGCUGUGCUGGGGCCUCGGGUGCAGCCCUUCGCUCGUGCUGCUCCUUCUGCUGCUGCUGCUGCCGGCGCUGCUGCUGCAGCUCACGGCAGGGCAGAAGGCCGCAAGGAGGACACUCCGCCCUCGCUUGAUUUAGUGGCUUCGGUGCACCGACUGCCGGAGGCUGAUUGUCUGCUGCAGCUGUGGCAGCGUCAGCAGCAGCAGGAACAGCAGCAGAAUCAGCAGCAAAAGAGCUCAGGCGACUCCUCUGCGGCAGCAGCUGCAGCAGCUAAUGGUCUGGAGAAUAGCGCUUCAGACAGCUUUGGGGCUGCUCUCCUUGCUGCUGAAAUGCCGGCGACAAGAGGACCAGCUGACGGAGCAGCAGGGGCAGAUGCCGCAGCAUCAGCAUCAGCAGCAGCAGUAGGCACUGCAGCGGGUCAUGAUGGGCGUGAAGAAGCCAGCGGCAGCGGGUGCGGAACUCGCUCGAGUGACGACCCAAAAGCAGCAGCAGCAAAAGCAGCAGCAGCCGCAGCAGGCAGAACAGCAGCAACGACUCCACAGGCAGCAGGAGAUGCUGCAGUGGACUCUGCUGCUGGCAGCAAGGAGCCACUUGCUGAUGCGUCAGAGUCUGAGGACGAAGAAGAUCGCGAAAGGAGCGAGGCAGCUGCGGCCAAAGCAGCAGCAGCAGCAGCAGCAGAAGCGGAGGCAUCUGCAGCAGACGCAGCAGCAGCAGCGCUGGACGUGAAUGUGUCGGAAGCCUGUGGGGAGCAGCUGCCCUUCUUCCUCGGGGACGCGCUGCUACUGCGGCUGCUGCAGCUGGCGGUGCUGCAGCUGUCGGACGCGAUGCCGCGAGUAGCUGCUGCUGGCAGCAUUGCAGCAGAAGCUCUUGCCCCUGAUGAGACACAGGCUUCUGCUGCUCUGUGGCUGGGAAUAGACUCUGGGGUUUACAAGCAGCAGCAGCACGUGCACUCCAGGAAGCGGCGCCGGGCGCGGCACGACGCCCACACCUGCGGCUCGGCAGAAGACGGCAGCAGCAGCAACAGCAGCAGCAGCAGCAGCAACAGCAGCAGGAGUGUGCUAGGCCGCAGCUUCAGCAGCUCGGUGGCUGAUCCUGCCUCAUGCGCAGCGGCUGCUUCUGCCUUCUUUGCCUGCACUGGGGGUGGGCGUCCGCAGGAGCUGCAGCAGAUGCGUCGGUUGAUAGCGGGGGACUCGCUGCAGCUGCAGCUGCAGCAGCAGCAGCAGCAGCAGCAGAAUGAGCAGCUGCUGCUUCUCCCAGGAAGAGCCCUGAGUGCCCUCGAUGGCCUCCCCCUAGAUCUCAGGCUGCUAGAUGCACUGACAGCUCCGUUGCUGCUGAAGAGGCUUUUGUUCGAGUGUCUGUACACUCCAAGGCGGACCUACAUUGCGCCCCCCCAGGUGUCGGUGCCCGCUGCGAAUGAUGAAGCAGCAGCAGAAGCAGCUGCAGCAGAUCUGGAGGGGCUGCAAAGUGCUGAGGAGGUCCCGCAGCCUUCGCAGGACUCACUUGGCCCGUCGCAGUCCCCGGGAGAGGCUGAGCAGCAGCAGCAAGAGCAGCAGCAACAAAAAGAAGAACCUGUGCGGCAGAAGCCUGAGCAGCAUGAGAACGGGAGCCAGCGUGAGCAGCAGCAACAGCAGCAGCAAGAACAGUGGCAGGAAGAGCAGCUUGAAGGGCAUCAGGAGAUGCAGCAGGAAGAGCAGGAGCAAAAGCAGCCGCGCGAGUUCGAGUCAGAACAGCAGCAUGAACAGCAGCAGGAGCAGCAGCAGGAGCAGCAGCAGGAACACCAGUGGCAGCCCGGAGCUGCCGCUGCAGCCACUGCAGCAGCAGCAGAAGACCCCAGCACAAUGGAAAUCGACGGGAUGGUGGGCAGCGGCAGCACAGUAACAGCUGUGCCUGCUGCUAACGACGUCUCUGCAGCAGCCGGAGGGGCUGGAGCUGCUGCUGCAGCAGAGGCGCCUGUUGGGGGAGAGGGGCCUGCUGCAGGAGGGGAGUCUGCUGCAGGAGAGAGGCCUGCUGCAGUAGAAAGGUCUGCUGCAGCGGAGGGGCCUGCUGCAGCAGAAGGGUCUGCUGCAGCAGAGGGGCCUGCUGCAGCAGAGAGCCCUGCUGCAGCAGAGGGUCCUUCUGCAGCAGAGGGUCUUGCUGCAGCAGAGGGUCCUUCUGCAGCAGAGUGUCCUGCUGCAGCAGAAGCAGCUGCGCCAGGCCAAGACACAGCUGUCGGACCUCAAAGUUGCGCUGCAGGAACUCCUGCGGAUGCAGCAGCUGCAGCAGCAACGCACAGAGAGCCUCAGGCUGAUAGUGGUGACGGGGAAGGGGCCGGCUGCUCAGAGGCUCCCAAUCUGCUGCUCGAGGAGCCCAUGGGAGCAGGAGCAGCAGCAAAGCCGGAAGAGGUGGAGGCAGCAGCAGCAGCAGCAGCGGGAGACAGAGCACCUGCGGAAUGCAGCAGCGGCAGCAACAACAGCAGCAGCCAACACGAGGCUGCGGCCGACGACGACGCGUCUGAAGCAAGCAGCACCGAAGGAGAUCGUGAAGAGGACGAAGAGAGAGCAGCAGCAGCAGAAGCUGCUGCUGCUGCUGCUGGGGGACUUCCUGCAGUUGAAUGGGCGCUGGACAUAAGCCGAUCUGAGCUGUGUGGCGUCGAAGGGACCUCUGUGGACCGUUUGUUGCUGGCCCUCCAUGCGCUGCGGUGCAGCAGCUUCUGGCUGCUGCCCCGCGACAUGCGCUGCUUCCUGCUGCAGCAGCUGCAGCGGCUCGUAUCUGACGGCUGGCAAGGAAAGUUCUUCUUAGACACGAAGCUGGAGGGGCUGGCCAGGGCUCGCCUGAAUCUGCUGCGGCUGAAGGUGGCUGCUGCGGGCCCCACAGAGGAGGAGCACCUUGCUGCUGCUGCUGCUGCUGGGGCCGCAAGCGCUGCUGCUGCUUCCGAAGCCAAGACAGAGAAGGAGGCCGACGAGGGCCACGCAGCUGAAGACGCCGAAGGGGCAGGUGCUGCAAAUGCAGCAGCAAAGGAUUCUGCUGCUUCUGCUGCUGCAGCGAAAGAGGAGGGCGAGGAAGCAGCAGCAGCUGUGGGCGCUGGAGGCGGGGGCCUGCGGGCGCAGCGGCGGAAGCCCAUGGGGAGGGUCUCGAAUGCAGAAGCAGAAAAGCUGCAGAGUUGCUUCGUGGUGCGUUCUGAGGCUUUGGGUGAAGACAGAUUUCUUAACAGGUACUUCGCCUGUGUGUCUGCUAGCGGCAGCAUAUCUCGGGUCUAUGUGGAGGCUCACUGCGAGCCGUCCCCGCUGCUGCUGCUAAUGCAGAAGGCAGCAGCAGCAGCAGCAGCGGCUGCCGCCGCAGUAGCUGCUGCUGCCGGCCCAGCCAACAGCCGCAGCAGCUCCGGCCAUGCAUCGGAGGCCGAGCCGGCAGGCGCUCAGCUUAGCCAGGGGCAGCAGCAGGGGCCAAACUGCGUGGGCGAAGACAGCAGCAGCAGCGCGAGCAACGGAAGCAGCAGCAUGGGCCACAAUGGCGACAGCAGCAGCAGCAGCAGCGCCAGCAAGAGCAGCAGCAGCAGCAGCAACAGGCAGAGCCUGCUGAAAGUUUUCCCCUCGUCUGCGGACGCUGCUGCUCUUCUCAGCACGGGCAGCCUCUCAGAAUGGCCAAUAAGGCGGCGGCCCAUAAAAGUGGAGUCUUUGGCUGCCUUCCUGCAGAUGCUGCAGCAGCAGCAGCAGCAGCAAAGCACGUGCUUCUUCGUGCCACCAACCGUAGAUGCGCUCCGGCAGCUGCGGGCUGCCCUCUCGCCUGCUCUUAAGAGAGAGCGCAGCUUGCGGCAGUCUCUGGGCCGGGCCAUAGAGGAGAUGGACGCGGAGCAGCUGCAGCCUCUUCGAGCCGCCCCGGUGGUCCCGCCCUCGCCUCUUGCUGCUGCAGUUUGGCUGGCCUGCAAGCAGCUGCAUGCACUCAACCUGUCGUUGCUGCCGCGCUGCUACCCAGUCCUUUGGCAGCAGCAGCAGCAGCAGCGACAGUUGUCCCCGUGCAUGGCCUUCGCUGCGGCCCUUACAGUCCUCGCGAGAGCCGCUUCUUGCAGCUCCACGUGCUGCCCUGAUGGCUCUUCUUACAGGCAGCAGUACACAGUAGGAGACGGAGCGGCAGCGGCAACAGCAGCAGCAGCUGCAGCUACGAAGAGGCAGCAUCGGCAGUACUGGAUGGAGCAGACGCUCUUUGUCGGGGUAUUGGCGCAGCUGUUGCUCUACGUAGAGUCUCUCGUCGAUGCUGCUGGUGCUGUGCAUGCGAAGGCUUGGGUCUACAGGCGGCACCAGUGGUCACAGGAUCUGCAGCGGCUGUCGGUGCAGUUGCCUGUGCUGCUGCCAACUCCAGGGCAGCAGCAAGACCUGCCGCCGGAAGCUUUGCGUCCUGCUGCUGCGAAGCCUCCGCGAGCAGCAAGUUCCCCAGUAGAGCCAGUGCGGAAGCACUCUCGGCUUCUCGAAGAAGACCUGGAGGAGCCUCUAGUGGCUCCGAGCAACAGCAGCAGCAGCAGCAGCGCUGCGGCGAAGUCGCCGGCCCUCUGCAGCGCAGGCUCAGGGCCUUCGCAUCAACCGCGAGAUAGUCCUGAUGGCGCUGCAGCGUCUCGAAGCUCCCCCGGAGACACGGAGGGCCCAGCUGCAGGAGCAGGGCUUGCUGCUGCUGCUGCUGCUGCACUAGAAGGUGCGGAGCAGCCCACAGAGACACUCCUUCCAGCGGAGCCGCUGUGCUCUGUCACGAAGGCCAGCGUAGAAGCUGCCAUUGCGGCAGCGGCGGCAGCUGACAGAGCGGCCCAAGUCCCAGCAGCAGGAACAGCAGCAGGAGCUGCAGAAGACGCCGAGGAGGCAGCUGCUGCGCGGUUUGCUGCCCUCGUGCGGUGCAUGUCCUGUGGAUUUGGCUGGGACGAAUCUGCGCUGCUGCAGCUUCUGGAGCGGACGUACGACCAGCUCUUCGGGGAGGCUGCAGCAGCGCCAGCAGCAGCAGCAGCAGCAGAGGCCAGCAGCAACAGCAGCAGCAGCAGCAGCAGCAGCCUCGAAGAACAGCAAUGGCGCGAAGUGCGACGCAGGCUAGACCUAGUGCAUCUCUGGGGCCUCUAUGCCAAUGUCUGGAAGGCCACGGGGCUGGACUGCCAGCGCCUGGCGGACUUAAACGCCCCCAUAGACAGAGACGCGUUUGAACAGUUGCUGGCCUCGGAAGCCCAGCGGCAGCAAAUUCCGCGGGUGGGGGAUUCCCUCUUCUUCUUUAGGAAGGGGCACUGCGAAGUAGUUAGCUCUUUGCGCCAGGAGCAAACGACGGAAGGGUCCAGCUAUGGAAGGACUUGCUGCAGCCUUCAGGUUCCCGAUUGUUUGGGCUGGGUGGAGCAGCUCCGUGUACAUCAAAUUGAGUUCUUCGCGGGGUUCGCGGGUUUGCUGCCGCCGCCUCUCGAAGCCGCGCCGCCCCUCACAGCAGCAGCAGCAGCAGCUGCUGCUGCUGCUGGCUCUGGGGCCACAGCCGGCACGACUCCUGUUGUGCAGCACAACGCCAUACAGGCAAUGCCUAGCGGAUCAACAGAUGCAGCAGGGGUCGGCCUUGUUGCUUCUUUGUUUUCUUUUUCUCUUGAAGAGGACCCUGUAGUCCUUGGCCUCACGAAGCCUUCGCCGCAGCAGCAGCACGCUGCCACGCCUGCUGCUGCAGCAGCGGCACUGGAAGCUGCUGCUGCGGAUCAGUCAGCAAUGCAGGUUGAUGGUUCCCCGUCCCCUGACGCUGCAGUAGCUGCAGCACCUUCAGCAGCUGCAGCAGCACCAGCUCCAGCAGGAGGAACUCCAGCACCAACCACGCCCGCUGGUGCCUCAACCCCAGCCUCUUGGAAGAACAGCUGCUCAGAGCUGCAGGCGCCUGACGGCUUGGUCUCAAAGGCCUUUCAGGACUUCUUGCUGCAGGCGAGUCCCUUGUCUUUGGCAGCAAAAAGCGGAGCAGCAGCUCAGUUGUAUCUCCAGCAGCAGCUGCAGCUGCAGAAGCUGCUGCAGGAGCAGUAUCAGCUGGUGCAGCAAGGCGGCGAAGUGCCCGGAACUGCUGCGCUUGACGCUUCUCUGUGCCCCCACUACAGGGUUGUCUGCUCAGUGGCAACUCGGAGGCACCCAACUGCAGCGGAUUCUGCUGCUGAGGGUCUGGACGCGCUUGCUGCUGUUGCUUCCACUGCAAGCGAAAGCCGCGUCACCAGAUCAAGACUCGCAAGGGCACCGUCAGCUGGGAGUAGCAGAGCCGCAGCAGCAGAUGCGCAGCAGCAGCAACCCGCAACAGCAGACGGCACGAUAGCCUGGGGAGCAGAGAGGGACCACCACAGCCGCGAGCUCGCGAUUGCUGCUGCAGCAAACGGCCACGGAAGCUGCGGGGGCCAAGCGCUGCCCCCCGGGGCUAUUGGCCCUCAGCUGCGCAGGCGCUGGGUUAUUCUUAGUGUUCCUGUGCUGCAGGGGAGCAGCAGCUUUCUCCUUCAUUGCAACAAAGUCCUGCAGGCACUGGAUAUGGGGUGGUGUUCUGGCAUGCGCUUCCGCAUGCAGCUUGGCUGCUGCCAGGCCGCUGCUGUUGCUGCUGCUGCGACCCUCCCCCCUGUCCCCAGAGGCCUAGGACUUGCGGUUCUUGAUUUCGUCCUGCAGCAGCAGCACCUGCAGCAGCAGCAGCAGCGGCUCGCCGGCAUUAUCCGCCGUAUUGACACCAGCCCAGAAGGUUUCUGGCGCGGGGUUUAUGUAGACUGGGAGGAGCGUCGCGUUGCAAGGCCCGGGGAAGCAGCGGCAGCAGCAGCAGUUGCUGCUGCUGCUGCAUCAGGUGCUGCCACGUGUGUUUCCCUUUGGGACCUCGAGCCUCUCAAACGCCUUAAGCGACCUGGGCAAGAGGCGUGA